CUUACUAUUAAAGACUGAUUAUUCUCUGUGUUUUAUUCAUUCACAUGUAUUGGCGUCUCUAGCCGCUAUUUACAAGCUCACGGUUACCAUGUCUGAUAAAGGCACUAGUUCAGGUUGUAAACGAAGUCGACCAGAAGAUUGGGGCGAGAUUGACCCUUCUCCAGUUGUCCAUGUCCGUGGUCUACCAAGACAUAGUGUGGAAUUUGAUGUCGUCAAAGCAUUUGAGCCUUAUGGGCGUAUUCGUGACGUAACGAUGAUGCCUCAGAAAAAACAAGCUUUGGUCGAAUUUGAAGAUAUAUCAUCAGCUGAAGCACUUAUAGAAAGAAAUCCUGAAAUGAAAAUUCUGAAUAGCCUGGUUCAAAUCAGUUUCAGCACAUCAAAACAUAUAGUUCAACGGGCUGCAAAUAGAGCUCCUGCCGAUGAACAAAGUUCGCUCUCAGCAGAUAAUCAUAUCCUUCUGUUUACAAUUUACGAUACUGAUCGUCCUAUAACUGUUGAAACAAUUUAUCGAAUAACGUUUUCGUACGGUAGUGUCCUUCGAAUAGUUAUCUUCCGGAAAUCCCAGGUUCAGGCAAUGGUGGAGUUUAGAAGUAUACAAGAAGCGCGCAACGCAAAGCUCCACUUGAAUGGUGCAGAUAUUUUCCCAGGAUGCUGUACUUUAAAGGUAGACUAUGCUCGUCCAGCUCGAUUAUCUGUGCCCAGGAAUGAUCAGGAUAACUGGGACUUCGAGAAAUGUGAACGUGACCCAUCCUGUAAUUUUCAAGAUGAUCACUACCAAAACUCGCUUCUCGGUUAUAUGGAUGAGGGUUAUUAUGAUUACGAACGUCCUUAUGGGCAGUAUCCAUACGAAAAUUCGGACGAAUACGGACGCCCAUACCCCCCAGAAUGUAAUAACACACCUGUGGGACCUCAUAAUUUCCCCACACUAAAUGGUGCUCAAAAUAGGAAUAAAAGUUUCAACUCCACGCCAGUGGUUAUGCUGUACAAUAUUGAUAUUAAGAAAAUGAACUGCGAUCGCAUAUUCAAUAUUUUGUGUAUAUAUGGCAACGUCAUCCGCGUUAAAUUUCUCCGUACUAAAGAAGGUUCAGCUAUGGUUGAAAUGGGCGAUGUUGAAUCAGCUACCCGCCUUAUACGAAAUUUGUCAGGUGUUUCGUUUAUGGGUAACCAGUUAAUGGUACGAACUAGUAAGCAAGAUGUCAUUUUGGAUGUUUCUAGUCCAUUCCAGUUGCCCGAUGGUUCUCCUUCUUUUAAAGAUUACAGCAAAGAUCGUAAUAACAGGUAUACUACAGCAAUCAUGGCUAAAAAGAACCGUAUUCAUCCACCUUCACGUACACUGCACUACUGGAAUGCUCCUCCUAAAAUUUCGAAUAACGAGUUAUUAGAGUUUGUGAGAAAAUGUGAAGCCCCUGAACCUCAAUAUAUUGAACAGUUUUCAAAAGCCUCGGAUAAAUCCUCAUCUGGUUUUAUGAAAUGGACUACAGAUGCUGAAGCAUGUGAAGCUUUGGCUUUAUGUAAUCAUCAACCUAUUAAAGAUGAAGAAUGUACAUAUCCAUAUACUAUUAAGCUGGCAUUUGCGAGUCCUAAUUUAUCUGUUGAACCCAUUCAUGUUGGAAGUGACAAGAGUAAUGAGGAAAAUGGACGAAAUCAUACCGAAUAAUUUUAAGAUCAUUAUAUUAUCGAUCCUAUAUAUCUCAAUUGAUCAUCAUCAUCAUCAUCAUUAUCAUCACUGCACAAAAUUGAACAUGCCAUCAUAAUCAUCAGUCAGCACGGCAUCAUAUACAGGAUAUUCAUAAAACCAUUAUUUCAUCAAAAAACAAACAAAUGUAAUUGUAGUAUUCAGGUUUUUUUUCUGUCUUUUUGUAUCCUGCUGGUCUCAUCAAAUAUUGUUCAUUAAUUUUUGUGUAUUCUAAUUCAUUAUUAUAUACCUAGUUAAUUAUAGUCUAUCACUUAUUUGGUCCUCUCUUUCUUUUUCUGUUGUGUUUUCAGUUCUAUCGUGUUAUUGUUUGCCUCUUUUUUUGUCAAAUAUAUGUAUUAUUAUUUG